GACAGUGCCACCACUGGGGACAGGGCAGGCAGGGACAGUGCCACCACUGGGGACAGGCUGGGCAGGGACAGUGGCACCACUGGGGACAGGCCAGGCAGGGGUGGUGGCACGAUCAGGGACAGGCUGGUCAAGGGCAGUGGCACUGUCCCCAUCAGGGACAGGUCACCCAGAGAUGGUGGCAGUGGGGACAGGCCUGUUAGUGGCAGUGCCACCACUGGGGACAGGCCAGGCAGGGGUGGUGGCAGUGUCCCCAUCAGGGACAGGUCACCCAGAGAUGGUGGCAGUGGGGACAGGACAGGUAAGAGCAGUGCCACCCCUGGGGACAGGCCAGGCAGGGACAGUGGCAGUGUCCCCAUCAGGGACAGGUCACUCAGAGAUGGUGGCAGUGGGGACAGGAGCUGUGGCACCCCUGGGGACAGGCCAGUCAGUGGCAGUGCCACCAUGUCUGUCAGGGACAGGCCACCCAGGGCCACUGGGGACAUUGGGGACAGGCCAGGCAGGGGCACUGGGGACAUUGGGGACAGGCCACCCAGGGCCACUGGGGACAAUGGAGACAGGCCACCCAGGGCCAGUGGCAGUGGGGUCGGGCUGCUUAGGGACAGUGCCACCACGCCCAUCAGGGACAGGCCACCCAGGGCCACUGGGGACAGGCCACCCAGGGCCACUGGGGACACUGGGGACAGGCCAGGCAGGGGCAGUGCCACCAUCUCUGUCAGGGACAGCCCAGCUGGUGGCAGUGGCACCGUCAGGGACGUGCCAGUCUCUGUCAGUGCCACUGUCCCCAUCGAGGACAGGCUGGUCACUGUCAGUGCCACUGUCCCUGUUAGGGACAGCCCAGCUGGUGACAGUGCCACUGUCCCCAUAGAGGACAGGCCAGCCAGGGACAGUGGCACCUCUGGGGACAGGCUGGUCACUCAGAGUGGCACCUCUGGGGACAGGCUGGUCACUGACAGUGACACAGUUGGGGACAGGCUGGUCACUCACAGUGACACAGUUGGGGACAGGCUGGUCACUCAGAGUGGCACCGUUGGGGACAGGCUGGUCACUGACAGUGGCAAUGUUGGGGACAGGCUGGUCACUCACAGUGGCACCGUUGGGGACAGGCUGGUCACUCACAGUGGCACUGUUGGGGACAGGCUGGUCACUCAGAGUGGCACCAUUGGGGACAGGCUGGUCACUCAGAGUGGCACCGUUGGGGACAGGCUGGUCACUGACAGUGGCACUGUUGGGGACACGCCCGUCACCGCCAGUGCCACCAUCCCAGUUGGGGACAGCCCGUUCUGGGCCGGUGGCACCCUUGGGGACAGCAGUGCCACCGUCCCCAUCAGGGACUGCCCUUCCAGGGGCACUGCCACCAUCGUGGACGCGCUGGUGACCCUGAGUGGCACCGUGAUGGACAGGAGGAUCCUGGGCAGUGUCACCGUCCCCGUCAGGUGCAGCCUGUCCCGGGGCACUGUCACCAUCGUGGACACGCCCGUGUUUGUCAGUGCCACCGUCCUGGUGGGGGAGUCCAUCCCCAGGGUCACUGCCACCAUCGUGGAGUCCAGGGUGCCCCACCUUGGGGACAUGGUGGCGUGUGGCAGUGCCACCAUGCCUGUCAGGGAGUGUCCCCCCAGGGGCAGCGCCAAUGUCCCUGGUGGGGACUGGUCAGGGAGGGACAGUGGCACACCUGGGGACAGGCCUGGCAGUGGCAGUGGCACCCCUGGGGACAGGCCUGGAAGUGCCACCCCUGGGGACAGGCCUGGAAGUGGCAGUGUCACCAUGUCAGACAGGGAGAGCCCACCCAGGGACAGUGCCACCAUCCCUGACGGGGACAGGCCUGGCAGUGCCACCAUUGAGGACAGGCCUGGCAGUGGCAGUGGACAGUGCCACCAUCCCUGA